ACGUUGUGUCUUUCUCAUGCAGGGCGGUUCGGCAAUCAGGCGGAUCAUUUCCUCGGUACUUUGGCGUUCUCGCGGAUGGUGAACCGGACUCUGGUGGUGCCCCCCUGGAUCGUCUAUAAUCACCAGCGCCCUCCUUUCAGCAACGUUCACGUUUCUUACGAGGAGUUCUUCCAGUUGGAGCCUUUGCGGAAGUAUCACCGAGUGGUCAGCAUGGAGGAGUUCAUGGAGAAGCUGGCCCCCGAACAUUGGCCGGUGGACCAGCGGGUGGCGUACUGCUUCACGACGGCCGCCCAGAGGAGCUCCGACAAGCAGACCUGUCCGAUGAAGGACGGCAACCCAUUUGGCCCAUUCUGGGAUCACUUUCACGUCGAUUUUGUCCGCUCCGAGCUGUUUGACGGGAUUAACUUCAGCGCUUAUUACAAGGACGCUUGGAUGAGCAGAUAUCCUUCCUCUACGCAUCCAGUUUUGGCUCUCCCCGGAGCACCCGCCCAGUUCCCUGUCCUGGAUCAGCACCGAGGGUUGCAGAAAUACAUGGUAUGGUCCAAAAGGAUCGCUGACGAGGGAGAGAACCACAUCCAGAAGUUGCUGGUUCGACCCUUCGUGGGCGUUCACCUGAGGAUCGGAUCUGACUGGGUUAACGCCUGUAAGAUGGUGAGCGACGGCACAGCCGGGCCUCAUUUCAUGGCCUCUCCGCAGUGCGUGGGCUACGACCACCAAAAGGCCACACCCCUCACCAUGAGCAUGUGUCUGCCGGACCUCGAGGAGAUCAAGCGCGCCGUGACCCACUGGGUGAAGAAGACGAAAUCCCGGUCCGUGUACGUGGCCACCGACUCCACCUCUUACACCGCCGAGUUACAGAAAGCCGUGGGGAAGGAGGUGAAAGUGGUGAGCCUCCAGCCCGACGUGGCCCAGAUCGACCUCUACAUCCUCAGCCAGUCCGACCAUUUCAUCGGGAACUGUGUCUCGUCCUUCACCGCCUUCGUGAAGCGGGAGCGGGACAUGCAAGGGAGGCCGUCCUCGUUCUUCGGGAUGGACUCGCCCGGCAGGAGGCAGGACGAGUUGUGAACCGGACAGUGUGAGG